GAAAACAUAGAAGAUCAAAAAAAAAAAAAAUGUCUUCAGAUGUGGAAAGGGGAAGCAGAGAUGCGAAGUAGGAAAACAGUGCAGAAACAACUCCCUUUUCCAUGUGAAUACCCUGAAACAAAUGAAAAGCAAAUCUCACACACAAAAGGAACACAAGACUCGCAGACUUCUUCUUUGUUUCCACAGUUGGCGGCUUUGAAGCUGGACCCAGACCUUGACGGCAGCCCACCCAUCCAUCUUUCAGCUCCACCACCAUACAACACUACAACACCCAACCAAGGAAGGGAAACAAACUCCAUCACGCCACAGACAAGCACAGGAGUAGCUUCUCCAAUAGCACACAGACUACGUAAUCCAAAUCAAGAUGCAGCCUUCAACAUGCCCAUGGUUGAAGUAUCUGGACCAGAAGGUACAACGUUGGUUUUCCGCCCAUGGACUUCUGCUGACAUCACAGCAGCCUCACAACAUCUACCCAGCCCAACAACAUCAGGCAAAAUGUUUGCUGAGCAAUUCUCCACAUUUUGCCAAGAAUUCAAACCCACCGUAAAUGAACUAAAAAGACUCCUAAUCACCAAGAUGAAACCCACAGAUUGGCAAAAAAUAGCUGGGAAAUUCCCAGAUGCUGAUAUCCGUUGUAAGCACAUCACUUGGGAACAUGAAUCUAAUGCCCACUAUAGAGAUGUUGUCCGUCUUCUCUGUGAUGCAUUUAUUCAAGCUUUUCCUGUAAAAAUCAACAUGGAGAAAAUCACUGCCUGCAAGCAGAAGGAUAAUGAAAACCCUGACGAAUAUCUCACCCGCCUGACAGAGGUAUUCAACACCUACAGUGGCCUGCAACUACCUGACGAACCAAACAAUGUUCCGGAUGUGUGGGAAAUUCAUCUUUGCAACAGUUUCUUAAGUGGACUAAAACCAGACAUUGCCUCAGCUGUUAAAAGUUCCUGUAUUGGAUGGAACGACGCACGUCUGUCAGAACUUCGCAGACAUGCCAUACACGCCCACGACCAAAUACUCUCAAAGAAAAAGAAAAAAGAAGAGACAACACAGAAGGAGCUUCACAUGGCAGCAAUGACCAUGUAUAACACAGUCCAAGGACGUGAACAACCGAACCAUGAACAAAAAGGAAGAGCACAGGGUCGACACAGACAUAGAAAAAGACCUACACAGGAUGCUUGUUUCAUCUGUGGUCAAUAUGGACACUGGAAAAAUGAGUGUUCCAGAAAAACUUCAUCGAUUCCAGUGGACAAAUCGGACUGAAAAUGGUCAAGGGCUGUCGGAGAGGGAUGGACUCCUGCUGACAAGCCAAACCAACUUGUGAAAUCGAAGGAAGGUGAAAUCAGCCCUUCCACAACCAGCCUCCACACCACUGCAUGAUUUCCAACCUGGCGACUGGGUGGUGAUAAAAGAUUUCAGGAGAAAACACUGGCACUCCAAACGCUGGCGAGGCCCAUUCCAGGUACUCCUGACAACACACACGGCAGUGAAGGUCGCUGAGAGAGCAACGUGGGUUCACGCCAGCCACUGCAAAAAGGUCCCUGAACCAACAGAGGAAUCCAGCUGUCGACUUGAACAACGUGAGGACGGACGCCGCGGAGACGGACAACGCGAGGACGAACAAGCGCAAAAAAAGCACGACACGAGGGAUAACUCCGUAGAUUCAGCAACCACCAACUAGACCCCCGGUUUGAUCAACAACACAAACACCAUGUAUCACCUGACCCUGACCCUAGCAUGUUGGACUGUGCUAACAGAAGCCUACACCUACAAACCUGCCAAAACUGUCACUCUUACAGAAGGACAAAAUACAACAUUCACCUGCACCGUGUAUCCUGAAAUUUGGCGAUCAGGUCAAAUUCGUUCGUAUUAUUAUUAUUAUUAUUUUCUCUCUCUUUCUCCUUCCUCAACCAAACAACUGCCAUGAUGAUACAUUUUAAAAUCCAUGUGAAUUAAUGUGUCGGAUAAUUAAGUUGUGAAUCCUUUUAUAUUGUCUCAUUUUACUUUUAUUAUUAUUAUUUUUUUUUUUUUUUUCUCUGUUAAUGAUUAUUAAAUAAUCAAAAGGGAGAAUUGUAAUGGUAAAAAUCCAGUUUUCAUUGUUUCAGUCACGAGAGACACACAACCUCCCCAUUCCCACAGUCCCACAAACCUAUUUGGGACACUCAACCUCCCUGCUGUUAAGAUAAGGUACAAGAUCCUCUUAUCUCUGUAGGAUGUGAACCCUAAAACCCACUUUUGCACCUAGGUGCGAGGUCAUGCAGGACAACCUGGGGUGAAGCACACCAGCAGGAGGUCAGAAGCAUAUCUUGGGAGAGGAGGGGGGUGCCCCUCGAAUUAAGACAAAAGGUUGUAAAACACAUGAUGAGGGGCUGUCCCUCAUGUAUAAAUGUUUAGGUCUCCCCAUGCUCGGGGUCUUUUCUUCACUUUGACCGCUCGCGUGUUGACUGACCUUUUCUUUGCAAAGAAAAUAAAACCUUGUCGGCCGGCAGAAGUCUCUAUUUCAUUAUUCACCAGCAGCAAAGAGAAAAAUU